AAAGAAGAACUAACUGUUAACUCGAUGUUAUUCAUUUGAUUGUCUUUUGUGAAACAUAAUUUAAUUUUGUUUGUCUUUCAAAUAUUUUAACACACUUUCUGUCAAUUCAUUAAGCAAGAGAGAUCAUUUAAAAUAAAUACCAGAAAUUUGUAUUCAAUCAAAACUUUUAUUUAGUCUACAUUAAAAUAUAAUAUGGGUAAACCUUCCCCAUAAGUAAUAGAUACAUAUAUUUAUGCUCAAUUGCUCAAAUACUCACUGAAAAGUAUAUUGUUCAUUUUCCAAAAGUAGAAAGCAUCAAAAACAUUGUCGAUCGAACAAUCACGCGGUAACAGUAAUUAAAAUGUUACUCUUGAAUUACUAUGUGAACUGUCUUCAUAAAACCUAUACAAGCGAGGUUAGAAAAUCAAUCAUCGAAGAAGUAUAAUAGCAAUGGAGAAUCAUUUAAACAUUAUAUUAUAUAUUGUGUCGAGAAAACCAAAUAAACAGUAAGAAAAUGCUGUGCUACGAUGGAAAACUCAGUUUAUAUUGUUUCACUGUGGCUAGUUUUGUCGCGAUUCUACCAGAAGUGCUUUUGAGGUUAGAAUUCGACGUACCCGGUGUUUAUUUCAGUAAUAUAUGGUUAACGCAUCUCUUCCAAUAUGGAGUUCUAAACUUUCUGCUAUUUUUUGCUUUUCGUGGGGUUUCUUACCAGGUUUCUGUGAGAGCAGUUUUCAUAGGUUACGCCUUUGGAAUUGGAAUUUUAGUGUCACUCGUUGCACCUCCUUCGUGGCAAAUGUUCGGUGUAUACAUUACCAUACUGGCUAUCUUCCAUUACUCUGAAUUUUUGAGCAUAGCAUGGAUAAACCCAUCGACUCUUUCCAUUGACAGCUUUAUUCUGAAUCACAGUGUAGCUUAUGGAGUGGCAGCAUGCUCCAGUUGGAUAGAGUUCAUUGUUGAGAGACAAUACUUUCCAUUGAUGAAACAGGCUUCGUCUAUAUCGUAUUUUGGAUUAAUAUUGUGCAUUUGCGGAGAAAUUUUGAGAAAAUUAGCUAUGUUUACGGCAAAGCACAAUUUUAAUCAUAUUGUACAAAGCGAAAAAAUGGACAAUCAUGAACUGAUUACUUAUGGAGUCUACAGACUUUGUAGGCACCCCAGUUAUGUAGGUUGGUUUUAUUGGUCUAUAGGAACACAGCUGAUACUUCAGAAUCCAUUUUGCCUUCUGGCAUACACUGUGGUGUCUUGGAAAUUCUUCCAUGAUCGCAUUUUAAUUGAAGAGAUUACUUUGCUUAAUUUCUUUGGACAGGACUAUAUACAGUAUCAGAAACAAGUGGGCACAGGACUGCCUUUCAUAUCUGGUUACAAAGUUAAUUUAUAGCAGGCAAUCUCUGUUUAAAAAUAUGUGUGAAUUAAAUGUAGGCUUCUUAACAAAAUUAUAUUUAUUGUCUCAUUUCUUUUCGAAGAAUUAUUUAAAUAACAAUACACUACACUUUCGUGUGAUG